UGGAAAAAAGAAAGAAAGAAGAGUCUCUCGUUGCUAGCAAAACCCAACCCUAAUGAAAUCCAUAACCCCAAUCCAUUCCAAAUGAUUCAUUCCUCUCUGGUUCUUCAAUCCAUUCGAUGAUGACGCGCGUUCCUUUAUUGAGCUUCGAUCUCAAUCUCUGCUCGCGAAUGUGAUUCGAUCAUUGAGCUUUGAUCUUCUCUGCUCGCGAAUGAGCUUCGAUUCUCUGCUCGUUGAGCUUCGAUCCUCUACUCCUCUUCUCAUUGAGCUUCGAUCCUCUCUGCUCGUGUUCAUCACCGCCGGUCACUGUUCGAUUAUCACUACUCGUGUUUUUUGUAAGAUUCUCGUUUUUGGAAUUAUUCUGCAGGGUUCUGCUAGCGUCAUGCUGCGAAGCGACAGUACUAAGGUGAGCUCGCCUCAUAAGCGGGAUGAUGCUGAGAUUGUGUUUUUGAAGGACAAUGUAGCAAUUCAUCCAACGCAGUUUGCAUCAGAAAGAAUUAGUGGAAGACUGAAGCUGUUUAAGCAAGGCACUUCCUUGUUCAUGACUUGGGUUCCUUACAAAGGCCAUAGGUCAGAGGCGAGCCUUUCUGAGAAAGAGAGAAGCCUUUACACCAUAAGAGCGGUGCCCUUCACUGACAUUAGGUCCAUCCGGAGGCAUUCACCUGCACUUGGAUGGCAAUAUAUCAUUGUUGUUCUAUCAUCAGGACUUGCAUAUCCUCCACUGUACUUCUAUAGUGGAGGAGUCAAAGAAUUCCUUGCUACAAUUAAGCAACAUGUUCUUCUUCUGAGAUCCGCCGAAGAUGCAAAUGUGUUCCUUGAAUCCUAA